CGAGCCCGCCGCCAGCCGCGCGCCUGCCAUGGAGCCCGAAGGCCCCCGCCGCCGCCACACCCACCAGCGCGGCUACGCCGUGACGCGGAGUCCCCACCUCAACAAGGACUUAGCUUUUACCCUGGAAGAGAGACAGCAAUUGAACAUUCAUGGAUUGUUGCCACCUUGCUUCAUCAGUCAAGAUAUCCAGGUCCUUAGAGUAAUUAGAAAUUUUGAACGUCUGAACUCUGACUUUGACAGGUAUCUUCUCUUAAUGGAUCUUCAAGAUAGAAAUGAAAAGCUCUUUUAUAGAGUGCUAAUGUCUGACCUUGAGAAAUUCAUGCCUAUUGUUUAUACCCCCACUGUGGGUCUGGCUUGCCAGCAAUAUAGUUUAGUAUUUCGGAAGCCCAGAGGUCUCUUUAUUAGUAUCCAUGAUCGAGGGCAUAUUGCUUCAAUUCUUAACGCAUGGCCAGAAGAUGUCAUCAAGGCUGUGGUGGUGACUGAUGGAGAGCGUAUUCUUGGCUUGGGAGACCUCGGCUGUAAUGGAAUGGGCAUCCCUGUGGGUAAAUUGGCUCUGUAUACGGCUUGUGGAGGGAUGAAUCCUCAAGAAUGUCUACCUGUCAUUCUGGAUGUGGGAACGGAAAAUGAGGAGUUACUUAAAGAUCCAUUGUACAUUGGACUACGGCAGAGAAGAGUGAGAGGUGCUGAAUAUGAUGAGUUUUUGGAUGAAUUCAUGGAGGCGGUUUCUUCCAAGUAUGGCAUGAAUUGCCUUAUUCAGUUUGAAGAUUUUGCCAAUGUAAAUGCAUUUCGUCUCCUGAACAAGUAUCAAAACCAAUAUUGCACAUUCAAUGAUGAUAUUCAAGGAACAGCAUCUGUUGCAGUGGCCGGCAUCCUUGCAGCUCUUCGAAUAACCAAGAACACACUAUCUGAUCAAACAAUACUGUUCCAAGGAGCUGGAGAGGCUGCCUUAGGGAUUGCACACCUGAUUGUUAUGGCCAUGGAAAAAGAAGGUUUACCAAAGGAGAAAGCCAUAAAAAAGAUAUGGUUGGUUGAUUCAAAAGGAUUAAUAGUUAAGGGACGUGCUGCCUUAACACAAGAGAAGGAGGAAUUUGCCCAUGAACAUGAAGAAAUGAAAAACUUAGAAGCCAUUGUUCAAAAUAUAAAACCAACUGCCCUCAUAGGAGUUGCUGCAAUUGGUGGUGCAUUCUCAGAACAAAUUCUCAAAGAUAUGGCUGCCUUCAAUGAACGGCCUAUUAUUUUUGCUUUGAGUAAUCCAACUAGCAAAGCAGAAUGUACUGCAGAGCAGUGCUAUAAACUAACCAAGGGGCGUGCAAUUUUUGCCAGUGGCAGUCCUUUUGAUCCAGUCACUCUUCCGGAUGGACAGACCCUGUAUCCUGGCCAAGGCAACAACUCCUACGUGUUUCCUGGAGUUGCUCUUGGUGUUGUGGCGUGUGGAUUGAGGCAUAUCACUGAUAAGAUUUUUCUUACUACUGCCAAGGUCAUAGCUCAGCAAGUGUCAGAUGAGCACUUGGAAGAGGGCCGGCUUUAUCCUCCUUUGAACACCAUUAGAGAUGUUUCUCUGAAAAUCGCAGAAAAGAUUGUGAAAGAUGCAUACCAAGAAAAGACAGCCACAGUUUAUCCUGAACCCCCAGACAAGGAAGCAUUUGUCCGCUCUCAGAUGUACAGCACUGAUUAUGACUACAUCCUACCUGAUUGUUAUUCUUGGCCUGAAGAGGCCCAGAAGAUACAGACCAAACUGGACCAGUAGCAUGAUAGCUGACAUUUAUAACUCCAUAAUGAGAUCUUGAAAUCUUUCAUAAUUUUUAAAGAUUGGAAUCUUUUAUAAUGAUUCAUAAUAUGCUAGAUUAAGAUAAUUUCACUUUAACAAUCUAAAAAUUUAUGGAAGAAUAUUAAUAUACUUUAGUGUGAACAUCUCAGUAGACAAUUUUGUUUCAUUUACGUUCUGGUUAUUUAUGAUUUCUGUCUUAAUUAUUUUGCCCAAGUUCCUAUAAAAGCUACUUGUACCUACUACUGAGAAACUCAUCAUUUUUAUAUCGGGAACUAAUGGGAAGACCAAAAUUAGUAAUAAAUUGAUAUGAUCAACAUUAAAACUCGUAA